AUGGAUGGAGGUGAAGAAGGCCCUCCAUUCCCAUACCACAUAUUGGGGAUGGAGAAUAAGAAGUAUGAGAAACCUACAAGGACUGAGGAGAGUGAGAAAAAGAAGGAAAAGAAGGUUGUAAAAGAUGUCUCUCCUGAGAAGAAGAAAAAGAAAGAGAAGAAGGAAGUCAUUGAGAAAUUUGAGAUGGAUCUGGAGAAAUUGAUUAAGCAAGCUGUCAAUGACAACAAGGAAAUGAAAUCGGAAGCGUCUAAAAAGGAGAAAUCCCUUUCCUGGACAGAAGAAGAAAAAGAGGAGGAGGAAGUAUUUGUGGGAACAACAAGUGAAGUGGUGAAGAAGAAUGAGGAAGAAAAGAAGAAGCAAAAACAGAAGGAGGAGGCAGAGGUUGAGAAGAGAAGCAAGAACGCUACUGACGUGACUACUUAUUACUCUUCAACUGAAGAGGAAGCAGAAAGUGAAAACUCUGGUGAGGAAGAGACAAAGGAGAAUUCUGGAGACGUAUCUAUUGAUGAGGAAGAGGAAGGAGAAGGCUCUUCAUCCAGUUCGCAAGAAUUAGGACAGGCUGAAGGAACUUCUGAGAAGGAUGAGGAUGUGAUUCCCAAGAAGGUGUUGGGAAUUGACAAAGCAAGUACCCCUCCAGCAGCAAAGAAGAAUUCCAAAUAG